GCCUAUAAAGUAAAAAUAAUCACACAAAUUUUAAUAAAAUUAUAUUUUCAGAUUUUUAGUUAUUCUCAGAAUUAACAAAAUUAAUGAUUUGUGAAGUCUCUUGUUCUGAAGGUACUACAGUUUCUGUCUCCUUUGUGAAGUCCUGACCUAUCCUUAAGCAAUCGUGAGCAACUUUGUUCAAAUAAAAGUUUUUUAUUUUUUCAAAUAAAAGAGUUGACUGGAGGGCUGAUACUGUUGGACAGGUCAAUGGAAUUGUUGUUGUGGAAAAGGACUGGCAGUAGAAGCCUGUGAUUUUAGUAGUAGAUUCUACAGAUUGAACCUUUGCAAUAUCUUUUCUUGCGCCAUGAACGUGACAUUAAAAACAGCUCAAACAUAAUUUGGUGCAGCUAUGGCAGGAACAGGUUACCAUGGUCGUCACUACAAGCCUGAAAUGGCAGAGCUUCGUUCAGGAGUGGAAGAAUUGAAGUUUCCUGUAGUCACGUAUGGAGAAUAGGAGAGAGGCACCACCUGUUCUACUGUUACAUUUCAGCUUCCUCCUGUGGAGUUAAGGAAUGAUUCCAAAGUGCUAUGAGGAAAUCUCAACUGACCCUCUGGGAAAUCCAGGUCCAGGCUUUGUGUCAGAUGGGACUUCUAAAUUCCAAGUAAAACACAGUAAAAAAGAGCAACACUUAAAAGCAUGUGACAGGGGUAAAAAGGAGCACAUCUAUCUGAAUGUGAAACAUGGAACUGCCAAUAAACAGAGAAAUCAAAGAGCAGAAGGGAACAGAGACACCAAGAACAAAGGUUCUCCUGUUUUAUCUACUACCUGCUGGAUUAUUGCAGUGAUUCUAGGGAUCCUCUUCUUUGCAUUGCUGGGAAUAACAGGGUAUUUUAUUACCAAGGGCUGUCCAUGUCCAUGCUGCCCUGAGCAGUGGGUGACCUACAGAGGCAAGUGUUACUCCUUCUCCAAGGAGAAGAAAGACUGGAAUUCCAGCCAGGAAUCCUGUGGGGCACAGGGAGCUCGUCUCCUGGUGAUCAACAUUACCCGUGAAAUGGACUUCUUGCAGAAACUAUUCCCCUCUUUCUACUGGAUUGGUUUGCACAGGGAUGCUGAUGGGGCCUGGGCCUGGGAAGAUGGCUCAAAACUGAGUGCUGAAAAAGUCAUGUCCAACAGCCCUGCACAGCGCUGCGCUGGUCUGCUGAGGGGUGUCAUCCAUGCUUCCAGCUGUGAGUUCCUUGCCCCGUGGAUCUGUGAGAAAUCUGCUCAGUGACCUCUGUGGACGUUGUCUGAGGAAGUGUUCUUUGGAGAGCUGUGCUAAGGCCUUGUGAAAAAGGCUUGUUGUGUGUGUGGCUCUAUGCAGAUAUUUACUAUAUACAAUAAUGCUAGGUAGAAAAGUUAUGCUGUAUUGACAUUUGAAUAAUAUAGUAAAUGUAGUUUUUAGCAUUAAGUUUUAGUAAUAAAAGAAUUGUGUGUAAGAUAUUUUCUUUAGCUCAAAAAAAAAAAAAAAAAAAAAAAAAAAGGGGGAGAGGCCCAGAGGUGUUUCUCAACAGAGAUAACAGUUACAACAAGAAGAAGAGAACCCCCCCUUAGGACUUUUAGAAGACAAGAUGCAUAUCUCCCUGCAUCCACUGAAGCCACCUGGUCAACCCAGACUGAAUCCACACGAACCACCUGGUCAAGCCCAACUCCUGGACGCCCAGGAUUAGAAGGGGGACUCUGGGCAAACGGGUCUGUCUUAAGAUAAAGAUUGCAUAAUUUUGAAAUUUUGGUCUUCAAAAAGGGGACAUUCCUCCCGAAGGAGGCCCUUCUCCUUCACAGCCUUUGUCUGAGAGGGAGGGGAGACGGUAGACCCGGGCUACCUUCUUUGCUCUUAUUUGUCUCAUUAUUUGUCCUGUCUCUGAAAACCUUUUUAAACUUUUAUUAUUGUAUUAAUUUUUGUAACCAAUUUUUAUUCUUUAUUAAAUUUUCAUAAAUUUCAAAAAGCGAGUGAUUGGCGUUUAUCACAGCCUCAUUCCUGUGAUGGUUCUCUGAGAGGAGCUGUGCUCCUUGCUCCUGUGCCACCUGCCACACUGCAAGGAAUGAAUGCAGCUGCCACAGGAGGUCUGGGUGCUGCUCCUGGCUCCAUUCAGGAUCACUCUGGUGAUGUUCACGUUCACAGCCCUCACCUAGUGACAGACAGUCUUCAAAGUGGUAGAGAAGGGGAGGGGAGAGAUUUCUUUGAGUCUCUCAGUCAUUUUCAGAGGUACUUGAGCACUGUCACUGCUGUUUUGAAAUCCUAGGGAGAGGUGAGUUUGUAAUCUGUGAGCUCAUGCCAGCUCCGAGUUUAUUUCCCUCUUUUGUGUCUCUGGUGACAUGCACCAAAGCUGAAAACUAGCCUGAAGUUUGAAGUUAGCCUCUUUUUGCAAGAGAUCAGAAGAUGUCCACAGGACCUUUCUAACAUAAAUUCUUCUGUGGCUUAUGUUUGUACCUGGAGAAAACUGGAGCACAGCUUCUAGUGCUACAUUGCUGUGUAAAUAGCUGCAAAGGAGUGAACCUGCUACCCUGCUGAGCUGAAA